UCUCAAAAAGCUAUCAAAAAUGAAAAUUGAUGAUGAAGAAGAAGAAGAAGUGAUGCAACAGAUCAGAUUCAAAGCAACAGAACUUCUUCUCAGAGAAGAAUACAAAGAAUCAAUUCAAGUUUACACUCAAUUCAUAUCUCUAUCUAAAAAUCAUCUCUCAAAAAUCACUUCCAAAUCUGAAAACCCAGAUCGAUUCAACAAAUUACAGAAAACCCUUUGUUUAGCUCUAUCAAAUCGAGCCGAAGCAAAAUCAAAGAUCCGUCACUUCGCGGAAUCACUUGAAGAUUGUAACGCAGCAUUGGAAAUCGAGAAAACCCAUUUCAAAACCCUUGUCUGUAAAGGUAAAAUCUUAUUGCAUCUUAAUCAAUAUGCGAAUGCUUCUAAUUGUUUUCAAUCUGGUUUACAUGAUAAUGAUUCUAUUCAGAACAGUGAUAUUGAAAUGAUUAAUGGGUUUUUAAAUAGAUGUAAGAAACUUGAGUAUCAAUCUAGGACUGGGGUUUUUGAUUUGUCUGAUUGGGUAAUAAAUGGGUUUUCCAAAGAUCAAAAUCCAGAUCUCGCUGAGUUCACUGGACCAAUCGAGAUUAAGAAAUCUGAGGUCAGUGGUAGAGGUUUGUUUACGACGAAGAAUGUUGAAGCAGGGAAUUUAUUGUUUGUUACUAAGGCAGUUGCUACUGAUAGAGGGAUUUUUUUGCCGGAAUGUGGUGAAGACUCAAAGAUGGUUAUGUGGAAAGAUUUCGUUGAAAAAGUUGUUGAUGUUUCGACGAAAUGUAGGAAGACUUAUGAUUUGAUUUGCAGAUUAUCAACCGGGGAAGAAGAAGAAGUGCUUCAAGUUCCUGCAAUUAGUGUUUUCAGGCCAGACAGUGAUGAAUUUUUAUCAUGUGAGGAUAUGAAACCGGAUGUUGCUAAGAUUUUGAACAUCUUGGAUGUGAAUUCGCUAACUGAAGAAGAUGGAAUUUCGGCUAAAGUUCUUGGAAAGAAUAGUGAUUAUUAUGGUGUUGGUUUAUGGAUUUUGGCAUCUUUUAUUAAUCACUCUUGUGAACCAAAUGCAAGGCGCCUGCACGUUGGUGAUCAUCUACUGGUUCAUGCUUCGCGAGAUAUCAAAGCCGGGGAAGAAAUACUUUUCGGGUAUUUUGAUGUUUUAACACCAUUGAGCAAGAGAAAUGAGAUGUCUAAAACUUGGGGAUUUCAUUGUCAGUGUAACAGAUGCAGAUUCGAGAGGGAUAUGUAUAACCGUAACCAGGGUUUAAAUGAGAUAGAGAUUUUGCUGGAGUGCGGGUCAGAUAUAGGUAAUGUAAUUGUCAGAUUGGAGGAAGGGAUGAAGAGAUGGAUGCUCAAGGGGGAGAAAAGGGAGAAGGGCUAUUUGAGAGCUUCGUUUUGGAGGGUAUUUUCAGAAGCUUACCAGUCGGAGAAGUCUAUGCAAAGGUGGGGACGGCGGAUUCCACCGGCUGAGGUUGUUGGUGAAAGUGUUGCAGAAGCAGUAGGCAGUGACGAAAGAGUUCUAAAAAUGGUGGUGGAAGGGUUGAGAAAAAAUGGUGUUAGCAGUGGAAUUGUGGAGAUGGAGAAAGAAAUGAAGCUAGGGAGAUCUGUUUAUGGCAAAGUGAUCAAGAAAAGAAAGGCAGUGAAAGCUCUACUUGAGCUUUGCAUUUGUUAACUAACUAAAGUUUGCUGGUCUUGAUUUAGAUAUCAACAAUCAUUAAGUAGUACUUCCAUGUUUUACUGUACUGUACUGUGAUUUGGUUUUCAUAAGAAAUAAUAAGCACACAAAUUGA